UCGCCGCGGCGCUCUGUUACUUACCAGUGUACCUAGCCCGUCGCGCUUAGGUUCCUGGGUGUCAGACAUGUCGGAGGCGAUGGAUUUGGGCAAAGACCCAAACGGGCCCACCCAUUCCGCCACUCUCUUCGUGAAGGAGGAUGGCAGCUCCUUGUCGUUCUACGUGCGGCCCAGCCCAGCCAAGCGUCGGCUGUCGACGCUGAUCCUGCAUGGCGGCGGCACCCUAUGCAGGGUGCAGGAGCCUGGGGCCGUGCUGUUGGCUCAGCCCGGGGAGGCGUUGGCCGAAGCCUCGGGCGACUUCAUCUCCACUCAGUACAUCCUGGACUGCGUGGAGCGCAACGAGAGACUCGAGCUAGAGGCCUAUCGGCUGGGCCCGGCCUCCUCCGCAGCCCACCAGGCUCCGGAGACAAAGCCGGGGGCUUCGGGCGAGGGCUCCGCAGAGCCGGAGCCGCAGCCGCAGCCGCUCACAGGGCGGAUCGCCUUCACCGAGGCGGACGACAUGGCCAUCCUGACCUAUGUCAGGGAGCACGCCCGCUCGUCCAGCUCGGUCACAGGCAACGCCUUGUGGAAAGCCAUGGAGAAGAGCUCGCUCACGCAGCACUCGUGGCAGUCCAUGAAGGACCGCUACCUGAAGCACCUGCGAGGCCAGGAGCAGAAGUACCUGCCGGGGGACGAGCUGGUGAGCCCUUCCUCCCAGAAGCUCAAGCGAAAGGCCGAGCCAGACCCGGAGGCUGCAGAUGGCAGGG